AGAAUUAAAAACGCUCCAAGAUGCUAUUUUUGAAAAGAAAGAUGGUGGAACUUUUAUUAGAAUUGAAAUCGAGCGAGAGGAGUCAUUACAAAACCGGGCUAAUCCAGUUGGCAACCCAACUGAUCCCAAAAAAUUAGCCAGUUUGCUUAAAAGUGAUUUACAGGACAUUUUGACUAAUGAUAGCCGGUGA